AUGCGCACCCCUAGCUUUUGGCUUUGGGCCUCUCUCGCAGCUCCAUGUGUCGCGGUCCAUGCCCCAUGGAACCUAGGAAAUGGCUUCCAACUCACGGUCAAUGAGAAUGCCAACCGUCUCUCUAUUACCCAGCGUGGGAGAUCCAUUUGGGAAACCGUGCCAGGCCAGCCAUUCCUCAGUGCCAGCGCAGGAGAUGACGAGGUGAUCGCCGCUAAUGGUAACUUCAAGAUCAACGAAGUAGACCAGCAGAAGUGUACCGGGCAGAAAAUUAGCAAUGUUGCUCUUCAGCCAUGGCACGGCAGUGAGAAUGACCAUGCUGCGGUCAUUCAGGGUCAGCUCACCGGAUGUGGUGAUGCCACGCCUCACUUCUCCGUUGCUUUCUGGGUCCCUUCGCAGUUCCCCGAUCGUGUUGCUUUCAAUGUCAAUGUCGACCCUGAAACCUCUUCGGACGCGGUAACAAAGCUGUUCCUGACAUAUCGCUCUUCGCCAUCUGAAGACUUCUACGGACUUGGUGCGCAGGGAUCAUUCGCCUCUUUCAAAAACCAGACUGUCCCCAUUUUCUCGCGCGAGCAAGGUGUCGGUCGCGGUGACCAGCCCACGACUCGUCUGCAGAACGAGGACAGCUUCUUCGCUGGCGGUGACAAGUUCACAACAUACACCGCGAUCCCGCAGUACAUUACCUCGAAAUCUCGUGUUUUCCAUCUGACACAAGAGAGCUCUGCCUAUACCACAUUCAACUUCACCGAUCCUAAUGCCGUCACUGUGCGAUAUGACGCCCUGACCGUGGAUGGCUACUUCAUGCAAGCCGAGAGCAUGCUUGACGGUAUUACCAUGCUCACUGAUUACACCGGCAAGAUGGUCGCGUUGCCCGAGUGGGUUGACACCGGUGCCGUGCUUGCUAUUCAAGGCGGGCAAACCAAGGUGAACCGGAUUGUGGACCAUGGGCUUAGCCUCAAGUGUCCCAUUGCUGCAGUCUGGCUUCAAGAUUGGUCUGGGACACACUCGCAGAGCGUGUCCUACAUGUCGCUGAAUGUAUCCCGUCUUUGGUGGAACUGGGAAUCUGACACCGCACUUUACCCGACCUGGAAGGAGUUCGUCCAGUCUCUGCGGGAUCAGCACAAUGUCCGUACUCUGGCGUAUAUCAACCCAUUUUUGACAAAUGUCAGCACGAAGCCUACUGGUUAUCACACCAACCUUUAUGACGAGGCCAGCCGGGCUCGUUACGUGAUCCAGAACUCCACUACCAAUAGCACCUCCGUUAUUUCCAGUGGGCCCGGCCUUGAAGCUGGUAUCCUGGAUCUCACCAACCCUGCUGGACGCUCCUGGUUCAAGGAGGUGAUGCUGGAUCAAGUCUGGAGUGCCAAUAUCUCUGGAUUUAUGACCGACUUUGGCGAAUACACCCCUGUGUAUCCCGAUACCCAGUUCGCCAACAAGAGCAUCGAUCCAUUCUUCUACCACAGCGCCUAUCCUCGUGAGUGGGCUGCCCUCCACCAGUGGAUCGGAAAGAACGUGUCUUCGUUCUCCGACGCCAUCCUGUUCCACCGUUCGUCCUCUAUGGCCGCAAACCGGCACAUGAAUCUAUACUGGGCAGGCGACCAGAACACAAACUGGGGCGUCAACGAUGGUAUCAAGGCUUCCGUGACCGUCAUGGGCCACAUGGGUCUGUCAGGCUAUGCCCACGGCCACAUGGAAAUUGGUGGAUAUACCACUACCUGGGACAGCAAUGGAAUUGUAAACCGCUCUUCCGAAUUGCUCGGCCGCUGGGGCGAACUCGCUGCCGUCUCCAGUGUAGUCUUCCGUACCCACGAGGGCAACGUCCCCCAGGUGAACGCGCAGUUCUACAACAACGCCACCACCUACUCUUACUUCGGGUACAACGCGCGCAUGUUUGCCAGUCUUGCUAAGUAUCGGCGCCGCAUUUUGGAAACCGAAAGUAAGAACCUGGGCUGGCCUUUGCUCCGCAUGCCUGUCGUCUACCACCCAGAUGACAAGGUCGCCAAGGCUAUCAGCUACCAGAGCUUCUAUCUCGGCUCGGAUUUGUACGUCGCACCGGUGCUGGACCCCGGCCGCACUAGCACUUUCACCCACGUUUGGUCUGGCAAGAAGUACCACGGUGGCCAGACUGCACGCGUCCCCGCGCCGUACGGGAAACCUGCGGUUUUCGUUGUCGGUACUCCGAAGAACAAUGAUUUGGAUGACUUCCUGCAGUUCGUCCGUCGGGAGAAUAACACCGUUGUCCAUUUCUAG